AUGGGGUUAGAGCCCAAGAUUAGCAAACUUGCUAGAUCGCUCACCGGCUUCAAUGGGGCCACGUCAAUCACUGUUGGAACGAUCGACCUUGACGUCCACUCACCCCCAGUGGUCUGCUUGCAAACCUUCAUGGUCAUCAACGAGGUCUCCCCCUACAACGGAAUUUUGGGCCGACCGUGGAUCAACAAAAUCGAGGCCAUCACAUUUGCUCUGCAUCAGAAGAUCCGCUCCCCCAUCCCUAGGGGCGGGAUUGGGCAGAUCAAUAGUGACCAAGCCAUAGUAAGGAGAUACACAGCGCAAGGGCUCAAGAAGAGCAAGCAGCUACAGUUCACACCAGUAAUCCAAGCUACCCACGAGGCAGGAAGCGCCCUUAGCAGACAAGUAAUCCCGAAAGGGAAGGGAGUUGCUGCCUCACAAUAG